UGACGGACGUGGUAACGAGUGCGGCUCGCCCCGCCGGGAGCUGAUUGGCUGCGCGGGGCGGCUCCGAGGGCUCGGCCGUAGGAGCCCCGCGCACUCCAGCCCUGCAGCCUCCAGAGUCGGUGCCGCGCUCCCGCCGCCCCGCGCCUUCCUGCUCGCCGCGCCUCCCGGAGCCGGGGCGCACCCUGCCCGCAGCGCCGCCUCCCCGCCCGCGCCGCCUCCGACCGCAGGCCGAGGGCCGCCACCGGCUGGGGGGACCCGGCAGCAGCUUGCGGCCGCGGAGCCGGGCACCGCUGGGGACGGCGCCUUUUGUCCCCGGAGGUCCCUGGAAGUUUGCGGCGGGACGCGCGCGGGGAGGCGGCAGAGGCAGCCCCGACGUCGCGGAGAACAGGGCGCAGAGCCGGCAUGGGCAGCGGGCGCAGCGUGGGGGGCCGCCGCGGGGCAGCCCUGGGCGUGCUGCUGGCGCUGGGCGCGGCGCUCCUGGCCGUGGGUUCGGCCAGCGAGUACGACUACGUGAGCUUCCAGUCGGACAUCGGCCCGUACCAGAGCGGGCGCUUCUACACCAAGCCGCCGCAGUGCGUGGACAUCCCCGCGGACCUGCGGCUGUGCCACAACGUGGGCUACAAGAAGAUGGUGCUGCCCAACCUGCUGGAGCACGAGACCAUGGCGGAGGUGAAGCAGCAGGCCAGCAGCUGGGUGCCCCUGCUCAACAAGAACUGCCACGCCGGCACCCAGGUCUUCCUCUGCUCGCUCUUCGCGCCCGUCUGCCUGGACCGGCCCAUCUACCCGUGCCGCUGGCUCUGCGAGGCCGUGCGCGACUCGUGCGAGCCGGUCAUGCAGUUCUUCGGCUUCUACUGGCCCGAGAUGCUUAAGUGUGACAAGUUCCCCGAGGGGGACGUCUGCAUCGCCAUGACGCCGCCCAAUGCCACCGAAGCCUCCAAGCCCCAAGGCACAACGGUGUGUCCUCCCUGUGACAACGAGUUGAAAUCUGAGGCCAUCAUUGAACAUCUCUGUGCCAGCGAGUUUGCGCUGAGGAUGAAAAUAAAAGAAGUGAAAAAAGAAAAUGGCGACAAGAAGAUUGUCCCCAAGAAGAAGAAGCCCCUGAAGUUGGGGCCCAUCAAGAAGAAGGACCUGAAGAAGCUCGUGCUGUACCUGAAGAAUGGGGCUGACUGUCCCUGCCACCAGCUGGACAACCUCAGCCACCACUUCCUCAUCAUGGGCCGCAAGGUGAAGAGCCAGUACUUGCUGACGGCCAUCCACAAGUGGGACAAGAAAAACAAGGAGUUCAAAAACUUCAUGAAGAAAAUGAAAAACCACGAGUGCCCCACCUUUCAGUCUGUGUUUAAGUGAUUCUCCUGGGGGCAGGGUGGGGAGGGAGCCUCGGGUGGGGUGGGGGCGGGGGGACAGUGCCCCGGGAACCCAGUGGGUCACACACACACACUGCGCCUGUCGGUAGUGGACAUUGUAAUCCAGUCGGCUUGUUCUUGCAGCAUUCCCGCUCCCUUCCCUCCAUAGCCACGCUCGAAACCCCGGGGUAGCCAUGGCCGGGUAAGGCAAGGGCCAUUUAGAUUAGGAAGGUUUUUAAGAUCCACAGUGUGGAGCAGCAGCCACUGCACAGGAGGAGGUGACAAACCAUUUCCAACAGCAACACAGCCACUGAAACACAAAAAGGGGGAUUGGGCAGAAAGUGAGAGCCAGCAGCAAAAACUACAUUUUGCAACUUGUUGGUGUGGAUCUACUGGCUGAUCUAUGCCUUUCAACUAGAAAAUUCUAAUAAUUGGCAAGUCACGUUGCUUUCAGGUCCAGAGUAGUUUCUGUUUGCUUUAAAUGGAAACAGACCCACACCACACUUACAAUUAAGGUCAAGCCCAGAAAGUGAUAAGUGCAGGGAGGAAAAGUGCAAGUCCAUUAUGUAAUAGUGACAGCAAAGGGACCAGGGGAGAGGCAUUGCCUUCUCUGCCCACAGUCUUUCCAUGUGAUUGUCUUUGGAUCUGAAUCAGCCAGUCUCAGAUGCCCCAAAGUUUCGGUUCCUGUGAGCCCGGGGCAUGAUCUGAUCCCCAAGACAUGUGGAGGGGCAGCCUGUGCCUGCCUUUGUGUCAGAAAAAGGAAACCACAGUGAGCCUGAGAGAGACGGCGAUUUUUGGGCUGAGAAGGCAGUAGUUUUCAAAACACAUAGUUAAAAAAGAAACAAAUGAAAAAAAUUUUAGAACAGUCCAGCAAAUUGCUAGUCAGGGUGAAUUGUGAAAUUGGGUGAAGAGCUUAGGAUUCUAAUCUCAUGUUUUUUCCUUUUCACAUUUUUAAAAGAACAAUGACAAACACCCACUUAUUUUUCAAGGUUUUAAAACAGUCUACAUUGCGCAUUUGAAAGGUGUGCUAGAACAAGGUCUCCUGAUCCGUCCGAGGCUGCUUCCCAGAGGAGCAGCUCUCCCCAGGCAUUUGCCAAGGGAGGCGGAUUUCCCUGGUAGUGUAGCUGUGUGGCUUUCCUUCCUGAACAGUCCUUGGUUGCCCUAGAACCUAACACCCCCUAGCAAAACUCACAGAGCUUUCCGUUUUUUUCUUUCCUGUAAAGAAACAAUUCCUUUGAACUUGAUUGCCUGUAGAUCAAAGAAAUUCAGAACAGCCUGCCUGUCCCCCUGCACUUUUUACAUAUAUUUGUUUCAUUUCUGCAGAUGGAAAGUUGACAUGGGUGGGGUGUCCCCAUCCAGCGAGAGAGUUUCAAAAGCAAAACAUCUCUGCAGUUUUUCCCAAGUGCCCUGAGAUACUUCCCAAAGCCCUUAUGUUUAAUCAGCGAUGUAUAUAAGCCAGUUCACGUAGACAACUUUACCCUUCUUGUUCAAUGUACAGGAAGUAAUUCUAAAAAAAUGCAUAUUAAUUUCUUCCCCCAAAGCCAGAUUCUUAAUUCUCUGCAACACUUUGAGGACCUUUAUGAUUGUCCCUCUGGGCCAAUGCUUGUACCCAGUGAGGAUGCUGCAGUGAGGCUGUAAAGUGGCCCCCUGCGGGCCUAGCCUGACCCGGAGGAAAGGAUGGUAGAUGCUGUUAACUCUUGAAGACUCCAGUAUGAAAAUCAGCAUGCCCACCUAGUUACCUACCUGAGAAUUAUCCUGAUAUAAUUAACCUCUCACAGUUAGUGAUCCUAUCCUUUUAACACCUUUUUUUGUGGGGUUCUCUCUGACCUUUCAUCGUAAAGUGCUGGGGACCUUAAGUGAUUUGUCUGUAAUUUUGGAUGAUUAAAAAAUGUGUAUAUAUAUUAGCUAAUUAGAAAUAUUCUACUUUUCUGUUGUCAAACUGAAAUUCAGAGCAAGUUCCUGAGUGCAUGGAUCUGGGUCUUAGUUCUGGUUGAUUCACUCAAGAGUUCAGCGCUCAUACGUAUCUGCUCAUUUUGACAAAGUGCCUCAUGCAACCGGGCCCUCUCUCUGCGGCAGAGUCCUUAGUGGAGGGGUUUACCUGGAACAGUAAUUACCACAGAAUACGGAAGAGCAGGUGACUGCUGUGCAGCUCUCUAAAUGGGAAUUCUCAGGUAGGAAGCAACAGCUUCAGAAAAAGCUCAAAAUGAAUUGGAAAUGUGAAUCGCAGCUGUGGGUUUUACCACCGUCUGUCUCAGAGUCCCAGGACCUUGAGUGUCAUUAGUUACUUUAUUGAAGGUUUUAGACCCAUAGCAGCUUUGUCUCUAUCACAUCAGCAAUUUCAGAACCAAAAGGGAGGCUCUCUGUAGGCACAGAGCUGCACUAUCACGAACCUUUGUUUUUCUCCACAAAGUAUCUAUCAAAAUCAAUGUGCAGACUGAUUGGCCUGGUCAUUGGUCUCCGAGAGAGGAGGUCUGCAUGUGAUUUGCUAAUUAUCACUAGGGCCAAGGUGGGAUUUGUAAAGCUUUACAAUAAUCAUUCUGGAUAGAGUCCUGGGAGGUCCUUGGCAGAACUCAGUUAAAUCUUUGAAGAAUAUUUGUAGUUAUCUUAGAAGAUAGCGUGGGAGGUGAGGAUUCCAAAAACAUUUUAUUUUUAAAAUAUCCUGUAUAACACUUGGCUCUUGGUACGUGUGGGUUAGCACCAAGUUCUCCCCAGGGUAGAAUUCAAUCAGAGCUCCGUUUGCAUUUGGAUGUGUAAAUUACAGUAAUCCCAUUUCCCAAACCUAAAAUCUGUUUUUCUCAUCAGACUCUGAGUAACCGGUUGCUGUGUCAUAACUUCAUAGAUGCAGGAGGCUCAGGUGAUCUGUUUCAGGAGAGCACCCUAGGCAGCCUGCAGGGAAUAACAUACUGGCCGUUCUGACCUGUCGCCAGCAGAUACACAGGACAUGGAUGAAAUUCCCGUUUCCUCUAGUUUCUUCCUGUAGUACUCCUCUUUUAGAUCCUAAGUCUCUUACAAAAGCUUUGAAUACUGUGAAAAUGUUUUACAUUCCAUUUCAUUUGUGUUGUUUUUUUAACUGCAUUUUACCAGAUGUUUUGAUGUUAUCGCUUAUGUUAAUAGUAAUUCCCGUACGUGUUCAUUUUAUUUUCAUGCUUUCUCAGCCAUGUAUCAAUAUUCACUUGACUAAAAUCACUCAAUUAAUCAA